AGUGCUGGUUGAGAUGGAGCAAAGUUGGGAAAACGACGGGAAGUUGCCCUCAGAAUCCGUUAAAAACGAGUCAUAGAGACAUUCCCCGUGAUCAUAAGACGCACUUUCUCUCAGUAGACAGACUGAUUCCUGAGACCUGGAAGUCUCGUAGAAUUACAUCAUCUGUAAUCUGCCAAGGAUUACUCGAGACUUCUGUUAGAGAUGGAAUGAGGACAUGCUUCUCACACCAGCACUGAUCUGGGAUCAGAUGUGUGUCUAUGCAUUGCAUUUAGUGUCAGAUCAGCCAGUAAACGCAUAUUUGAUCCACAACUGUUUUUAAUGGCCGCACAAUGAAGGCCCAACUUCAGAUAACAGUUCUGUCCGCUAAGCUGCGGGACAGUAAGAAGAAUUGGUUUGGCCCCAGUCCUUAUGUAGAGGUGUGUGUGGACGGCCAGUCCAAGAAGACGGAGAAAUGCACCAACACUCACAGUCCCAAAUGGAAGCAGUCUCUCACUGUGAUCGUCACCCCUUUAAGCAAGUUAGUUUUCCGUGUUUGGAGUCACCAGACACUUAAAUCGGACAUUUUGCUCGGCGUGGCCACUCUGGAGGUCAGCGAGACCUUAAAAGCCAACAACAUGAAGAUCUGUGAGGUGGUGCAGACGCUGCAGCUGAGUUCAGACCGAGAGCAUUCAGAGCUGGUUGGAGAUCUCUCGGUGUGUCUCGAUGGACUGCAGGUGGAUCCCGAGACUUUUACUUCUGAGGAACAAAAGCACAAUGCUGCUGUAAACGGAGGAUCCAGACUGAACGGGGAUGUAGCAGGAAGCCGAGACUCUUCCCCAUCCAGUGACAUCGCUGAUGAAGCGCCGCUGCCCAACGGUCACGCCGUGGGAAGCCCGGGGUCUGCCUCUCCAUCAGCAGGGGCUCUGAGACCACCCCGCCCGUCUCGACCCCAGCGGCCGCCCGCCUCAUCGCAUAAACCUACUUCCUCCACAGCGUCCUCCGCAGGCUCGACUCCCACUCACGGCAGCAGCGCUCCCAGCCCGGAAACGUCUCCACGGGUGUGUGUGAACGGAGAAACCGAGAAUCAGGGGUCAAGCUCGGGUUCAGGGUCAAAUCAGGCUCCCAGGACCAGUCCAACGCCACCCAGAGCUCCACUGAUCAGUAACGGCCCUCUUCCUCCGGGCUGGGAGCAGAGAGUGGAUCAUAACGACCGUGUUUACUACGUGGAUCACAUUGAAAAAAGAACCACAUGGGAAAGACCAGAACCACUUCCGCCGGGCUGGGAGCGUCGUUUGGACCCGAUGGGCCGUGUGUAUUUUGUGGAUCAUGUAAACAGAACCACCACAUGGCAGAGACCCACAGACGAGUCGGUCCGGAACUACGAGGAGUGGCAGAACCAGCGCAGUCAGCUGCAGGGAGCCAUGCACCGCUUCAACCAGAGGUUCAUCUACGGACUGCAGGAACAGCUCGCACCGACAGCUAAUAAAGAGUUUGACCCUCUGGGUCCUCUGCCGCCGGGAUGGGAGAAACGCACCGACAGUAACCGGAGGAUGUAUUUUGUUCACCAUCCUACGAGAUCCACACAGUGGGAAGACCCUCGAACACAAGGGUUGCUGAAUGAGAAGCCUUUGCCCGAGGGUUGGGAGAUGAGGUUCACAGUGGACGGGAUUCCCUAUUUCGUUGAUCACAACAGGAAAACAACGACCUACAUCGAUCCCCGUACAGGAAAAUCCUCCCUUGAGAACGGCCCUCAGAUCACAUAUGUACGAGAUUUUAAAGCCAAAGUGCACUAUUUCCGCUUCUGGUGUCAGCAACUAGCAAUGCCUCAGCACAUUAAGAUCCACGUCAGUCGCAAAACGCUGUUCGAGGACUCCUUUCAGCAGAUUAUGAGCUGCCAUCCGCAAGAUCUGAGACGGAGACUGUGGAUUAUUUUCCCGGGGGAGGAGGGGCUUGACUAUGGAGGCGUGGCCAGGGAAUGGUUCUUCCUGCUGUCUCACGAGGUCUUGAACCCCAUGUACUGUCUGUUCGAGUACGCCGGCAAAGACAACUACUGCCUGCAGAUUAACCCCGCCUCCUUCAUCAACCCAGACCACCUCAAAUACUUCAAGUUCAUUGGCCGCUUCAUCGCUAUGGCUCUGUUUCACGGGAAGUUCAUAGACACGGGCUUCUCUUUGCCUUUUUAUAAGCGCAUCCUGAACAAACCUCUGGCUCUGAAAGACCUGGAGUCCAUCGACCCGGAGUUUUACAACUCGCUCAUCUGGAUCAAGGAUAAUAAUAUAGAGGACUGUGGGCUGGAGAUGUUUUUCUCGGUGGAUAAGGAAAUUUUGGGAGAAGUCACCACACAUGAACUCAAGCCUGAUGGAGGAAACAUUCAGGUGACGGAGGAAAAUAAAGAGGAGUAUAUCAGGUUGGUUGCUGAGUGGAGGUUGUCCCGAGGGGUUGAGGAGCAGACGCAGGCCUUUCUCGAGGGCUUUAAUGAGGUCUUGCCGCAGCAGUACCUGCAAUACUUCGAUGCCAAAGAACUGGAGGUGAUGCUGUGUGGGAUGCAGGAGAUCGAUCUGGGCGACUGGCAGAGGAACACCAUCUACAGACACUACGCCCGCAGCAGCAAACAGAUCGUCUGGUUCUGGCAGUUUGUGAAGGAGAUCGACAACGAGAAGCGCAUGCGUCUGCUGCAGUUUGUGACCGGCACGUGCCGACUUCCUGUCGGGGGAUUCGCUGACCUUAUGGGGAGCAACGGGCCGCAGAAGUUCUGUGUUGAGAAAGUGGGAAAAGAAAACUGGCUGCCGAGGAGCCACACAUGCUUUAACCGUCUGGAUCUGCCGCCCUAUAAAAGCUACGAGCAGUUAAAGGAGAAGCUGCUGUUUGCCAUCGAGGAAACAGAAGGCUUCGGUCAGGAGUGAUGCAUGCACACCGCUGCGUCUUUUAAAGCCUUUCCAUGACAUCGACCGCCGCCGCUGCUACUUCAAACCGGGAACGAGCGAUAAACUCGUCAUCUGUUAGCUCCUGUCUGCUUACCAUCCACUUCUGAUUUUACGCUGCCUCAGUCAAUGACGGAUGCACAGCACUGACGCGGGACUGAAGAUCUGCACACCUCGGCUCACUCUAUGCAGACCCUCGUAUUAACCCUUUCAUGACUGCCGCCCCUCCCUCCUGUAGUAAUGCACACGCAGCAGACUUCUCCUCUAGAACUUGAAGUUUGAGUUUGCAUGGUACGUGUCUGAUUGAGUCUCUUUUUAUCGCCGCUGCAGAUCUGUACCUUCAUACAGAUGUUAAUCAUUUGAAGACAUUGGCUUUUCCAAUUGAAAACGGGUCGCACUUUAUUAGUGAAAACACUGGCACUGAGGGAUUACAGCUAAUAUGAAACAUGCAACACCUCCGGAUCAAGAGAAAUAUUGUUUUGCAUGACGAAAAUUUAAAGUUUUUACGUUAUUGUCAUGAAAGUGACUAAUGCAAUGCAAGGAAAUCUCAUUCUCGUUACUGGAAAAUCAGAUGGGCUUUAUGUUCUUCAUGCAAAAUAUAAUUAUUUGUUGAUUCUGUGUGAACCGUGACCCGGAGAUGCUUACAGUUAGGAGUAUAUCUAUGCACACAUGGUUGGAUCAACAUACAGCGAUAGCCCAAAAUGCCGUUUUAUUCACUUUCCCACCAAUUCACAAGCUACAUGACCGGAGCUGUAACGUCAGCUGUUUUAGUACGAUCAGAUCCGCAGCUAGAAAUCGUUAUCAUUUCAUACCUUCAAUGUGAACAAAAUAAAUAAAGAAAAUUGAUUAAAGAAAAUGUGCAUUGUUUUGGAGGAAAAAAAAUGCUUUUUGUGUGUGUUUUAGAGACGUUACAGCGUUUGGUUGCUGAAGGAGAUUUAACACCGAACUCUCAUUCAGAUGUAAACCAAAACCAGGUCUUCAAAGAAGAGUAGAUUUAGAUUAGAUUAGAAGAAGCAACUCAUGCGAAGAGCUUCUGAUUCCGAGAGGAUGUGAAAUUAUUCACAUGCAUUUCUUUCCAAAACAUGAGUUUGUUUCAUUCGCAAAGCGUCAAAGUGAUUGGGUUUUAAUGUUGACUUGACUUCAGCAUCUGUUAUGUCUGUUAUUCUACAGCCAGGACACUUUAUUUUAGCUCUAAUAAAAUAUAGUUUGAUUUAAAGUGAACUGACAAAUAAAGGUCAAGAUCUGCACGCCUCACAUCUGAUGUUACGUGUGUCUUAAAGCGUUCUGUAGCUCUGGAGAUUAACUCUGUAAAUCAUGUAACAGUUAUCCUGUGAUCUACAACAUCUUUACAUCAGUUAGAAUGAGUUUAAUGAUUUGAAUUCUAUUUAUUUUUCUUAAGUGAAUGUGUACAGUUGGGUGAUUGAUAUAAAAACACCAAUUUAUUCUUAACUGAAAUAAAAAUAAAUCUGUUUGAAAAUG